AUGGCUUUUAAAGAUACCGGAAAGACUCCCGUGGAGCCCGAGGUGGCGAUUCACCAGGUUAGAAUCACCCUCACCAGCCUCAACGUGAAGUCUUUGGAGAAGGUAUGUGCUGACCUGAUCAGAGGCGCGAAGGAAAAGAAUCUCAAAGUGAAAGGACCGGUUCGGAUGCCUACAAAGACUCUGAGAAUAACUAGAAGGAAAACUCCUUGUAGUGAAGGUUCUAAGACUUGGGAUCGUUUCCAGAUGAGGAUCCACAAGCGACUCAUUGACCUGCACAGUCCUUCUGAGAUUGUCAAGCAGAUCACUUCCAUCAGUACUGAGCCAGGAGUCGAGGUUGAAGUCACCAUUGCAGAUGCUUAA